UUUAACCUGGGCUGUGGAGGCGGGCGAAGAAGGCAGAGGGAAGGGGAGGUGUGUGGGGCCCAGUUGGUUGGGGGGAAUUGGAAGCAAAUGACAUCACCGCAGGUCCGAGAAAAAGGGAAGAGCCAAAAGGAUCGAUUGUGUCCUGGAUAUACAGAGGUCGAGUCCAACCUUUACUUGUCGGGACACAGACCUCAGUGCACCACGGAGACAUCAUGCAGAAGUCGCCUUUGGAGAAAGCCAGCUUUAUCUCCAAACUCUUUUUCAGCUGGACCACACCGAUUUUGAGAAAAGGGUACAGACAGCGCUUGGAGUUGUCAGACAUAUACCAAGCCCCUUCUUCUGAUUCAGCUGAUCAUGUGUCUGAAAAGGUAGAAAGAGAAUGGGACAGGGAACAAGCUUCAAAGAAGAACCCCAAGCUCAUCAAUGCCCUUCGGCGAUGCUUUUUCUGGAGAUUCAUCUUCUAUGGGAUCUUGUUAUACCUAGGGGAAGUCACCAAGGCCGUCCAGCCCCUCUUGCUAGGAAGAAUCAUAGCUUCCUAUGAUCCGGAUAACCAGAUGGAGCGCUCCAUUGCCAUUUACUUAGGCAUAGGCUUAUGUCUUCUCUUCAUUGUCAGGACGCUGCUUCUUCACCCAGCCAUUUUUGGACUUCAUCGCAUUGGCAUGCAAAUGAGAAUAGCAAUGUUUAGCUUGAUUUAUAAGAAGACUUUAAAGCUGUCAAGCCGUGUUCUUGAUAAAAUAAGUAUUGGACAACUUGUUAGUCUUCUUUCCAACAACCUGAACAAAUUUGAUGAAGGACUUGCCUUGGCACAUUUUGUAUGGAUAGCUCCUUUACAAGUGGCUCUCCUGAUGGGACUUCUCUGGGACUUGUUACAAUUCUCUGCUUUCUGUGGCCUUGGUUUACUGAUAAUCCUGGUCUUUCUUCAAGCUAUUUUAGGGAAGAUGAUGGUGAAGUACAGAGAUCAAAGAGCUGCAAAGAUCAAUGAAAGACUUGUGAUCACAUCAGAAAUUAUUGAUAAUAUCCAUUCUGUUAAGGCAUAUUGUUGGGAAUCAGCGAUGGAAAAGAUAAUCAAAAACCUGAGAGAGGUGGAACUGAAACUGACCCGGAAGGCAGCCUAUAUGAGGUUCUUGACUAGCUCUGCCUUCUUCUUCUCAGGGUUCUUUGUAGUCUUUUUAUCUGUGCUUCCCUAUACAGUCAUCAACGGAAUCAUCCUCCGAAAAAUAUUCACAACCAUUUCAUUCUGCAUCGUCCUGCGGAUGUCAGUCACACGACAGUUCCCCACUGCUGUGCAGACCUGGUAUGAUUCUGUUGGAAUGAUAAGAAAAGUACAGGAUUUCCUGCAGUAUCAAGAAUAUAAGAUACUGGAGUAUAACUUAAUGACCACAGGUGUGAUCAUGGAAAAUGUAACAGCAUUCUGGGAGGAGGGAUUUGGAGAAUUAUUGGAGAAAGUACAACUAAAUGGUGCUGACAGAAAGCUUUCCAAUGGGGAUAGCCACCACAGUUUGGGUCAUCUUUGCUUUCUGGGAGAGCCAGUGUUGAAAAACAUCAACUUUAAUGUAGAGAAAGGAGAGAUGCUGGCUAUUACUGGAUCUACUGGAGCGGGAAAGACAUCACUCCUGAUGAUGAUUUUGGGAGAACUGGAAGCUUCAGAGGGAAAAAUUAAGCACAGUGGAAGAAUUUCAUUCUGCUCUCAAUUUUCUUGGAUUAUGCCGGGUACUAUUAAAGAAAAUAUCAUCUUUGGUGUUUCCUAUGACGAGUACAGAUAUAAGAGCAUCGUUAAAGCUUGCCAACUACAGGAGGACAUCUCCAAGUUUGCAGAAAAAGACCACACGGUUCUCGGAGAAGGUGGAGUCACACUGAGUGGAGGUCAACGUGCAAGGAUUUCUUUAGCAAGAGCAGUAUAUAAAGAUGCUGAUUUGUACCUCUUGGAUUCUCCUUUUGGAUAUCUAGAUGUUUUAACUGAAGAACAAAUAUUUGAAAACUGUGUCUGUAAAUUGAUGGCCAACAAAACCAGGAUUCUGGUUACUUCUAAGAUGGAGCACUUAAAGAGAGCUGACAAAAUACUAAUUUUGCAUGAGGGCAGCACCUAUUUCUAUGGGACAUUUUCGGAAUUACAGAGUCUGCGUCCAGACUUCAGUUCGAAACUCAUGGGGUAUGAUACUUUUGACCAGUUUACUGAGGACAGAAGAAGUUCAAUUCUAACUGAGACCUUACGCAGGUUCUCAGUAGAUGAUUCCUCUGUCGCCUGGACCAAAACCAAACAGUCAUUUAAACAGACUGGAGAGUACGGAGAGAAAAGGAAGAGUUCUGUUCUAAAUUCAUUCAGCGCUAUGAGGAAAUUCUCCAUUGCACAAAGGACUCCUUUAGGCACAGAAGGAGAUUCUGAUGAGCCCCAAGAAAGGAGACUCUCCCUAGCCCCAGAUUCUGAACAGGGAGAGGCAGUUCUGCCUCGCAGCAACGUUAUCCCCUCUGGCCCCACACUUCCAGGAAGAAGGAGACAGUCUGUUUUGGACCUCAUGACAUACACACCUAGCCCGGGCUUCAGCAGCCUCCAGAGGACAAGGACUUCCAUUCGAAAAAUCUCCUUAGCCCCUCAGAUAAGCUUAAAUGAAGUAGAUAUAUAUUCAAGACGGCUGUCUGAAGACAGUGCCUUGAACAUCACUGAAGAAGUUAAUGAAGAUGAUUUAAAGGAGUGUUUUUUUGAUGAUAUGGUGAAGAUACCCCCGGUGACGACAUGGAACACAUACCUCCGAUAUUUUACUCUCCAUAAAAGAUUGCUUGUAGUGCUGAUUUGGUGCUUGGUUGUUUUUCUGGUUGAGGUGGCUGCGUCUUUAUUUGUGUUGUGGUUUCUUAAAAACAACCCUACUCAUGAUGGAAAAAAUGAUACUAAAAGUUCAAAUAGCACCUACGUUGUGAUUAUCACCAGUACCAGCUUCUAUUACAUUUUUUAUAUUUACGUGGGAGUGGCUGACACUUUGCUUGCCUUGGGCUUGUUCCGAGGUUUGCCACUGGUGCACACACUAAUCACAGCAUCAAAAAUUUUACACCAGAAAAUGUUACAUUCUAUUCUUCAUGCACCAAUGUCAAUUUUCAGCACGCUGAAAGCAGGUGGGGUAAUUAACAGAUUCUCCAAAGAUAUAGCAAUUUUGGAUGACUUUCUGCCUCUUACCAUAUUUGACUUCAUCCAGUUGCUGUUCAUUGUGAUUGGAGCUAUAAUAGUGGUUUCAGCUUUACAGCCCUACAUCUUCCUGGCAACGGUGCCUGGGUUAGCGGCCUUUAUCUCACUGAGGGCAUAUUUCCUUCAUACCUCCCAACAACUCAAGCAACUGGAAUCCGAAGGCAGGAGUCCAAUUUUCACCCACCUUGUUACAAGCUUAAAAGGACUGUGGACGCUUCGUGCCUUUGGACGCCAACCUUACUUUGAAACUCUGUUCCACAAAGCUCUGAAUUUGCACACUGCCAACUGGUUUAUGUAUCUGUCAACCUUACGCUGGUUCCAAAUGAGAAUAGACAUGAUCUUUGUCCUCUUCUUCAUUGUUGUUACCUUCAUUUCCAUUUUAACAACAGGUGAAGGAGAAGGAUCGGCUGGUAUUAUUCUAACUUUAGCUAUGAAUAUCAUGAGUACUUUGCAAUGGGCUGUAAACACCAGCAUUGAUGUGGAUAGCUUGAUGCGAUCCGUGAGCAGAGUCUUUAAGUUUAUUGAUAUACCAAAAGAAGAAAGUGAGUGUACCAAGAUAAUGAAAGGACUUCGUCCUGAAGAUCCAUCUAAAGUUUUAGUUAUUGAGAAUGAACAUGUGAAGAAAACUGAUAUCUGGCCCUCUGGGGGCGAAAUGGUUGUCAAAGACCUCACUGUGAAAUAUGGGGAUGAUGGGAAUCCUAUAUUAGAGAACAUUUCUUUUUCAAUAAGUCCUGGCCAAAGGGUGGGCCUCUUAGGAAGAACUGGCUCAGGAAAGAGUACUCUGCUGUCAGCGUUUUUACGCUUGUUGAAUGUUCAAGGCGAUAUACAGAUCGAUGGCGUCUCGUGGAACUCCGUGACCUUACAAGAAUGGAGGAAAGCUUUUGGAGUAAUAACACAGAAAGUAUUUAUCUUUUCUGGAACAUUCAGACAAAACCUGGAUCCCAAUGGGAAAUGGAGAGAUGAAGAAAUAUGGGAAGUUGCAGAUGAGGUUGGACUCAAAUCUGUGAUAGAGCAGUUUCCUGGGCAGCUCAACUUUACCCUUGUGGAUGGGGGUUAUGUGCUAAGCCAUGGCCACAAGCAAUUAAUGUGCUUGGCCCGAUCUGUUCUCAGUAAGGCCAGGGUCUUACUGCUUGAUGAGCCUAGUGCCCAUCUGGACCCCAAAACGUACCAAGUAAUUCGAAAAGCUCUAAAACACGCCUUCCAUGACUGCACAGUAAUCCUCUGUGAACACAGGAUAGAGGCAAUGUUGGAUUGUCAGCGAUUUUUGGUCAUAGAAGAGGGCAUCGUGUGGCAAUAUGACUCAGUUCAGGCCCUUCUGAGCGAGAAGAGUAUCUUCCAGCAGGCCAUUAGCUCCUCGGAAAAGGUGAAGCUCUUCCAGAGCCGACACUCCAGCAGGCAGAAGCCUCGGCCACAAAUUACUGCUGUGAAAGAGGAGACAGAAGAAGAAGUGCAAGAAACCCGUCUCUAGUGGCUGGGAUGCUGGAGAAGCAGCUCAGUGGACCUGAGUCGAUGCUCAGAAUCCAUGCAAAAUGAAAAAGCCAGGCAUGCCCCAAGCUGCUAACCCCAGUGCUGGGGACACAGGGACAGGUGGAUCCUUGGGGCUCUACGACAAGUGAUCCUAGCCCACAUAGAGAGUUCCAGGCCAGGCACCUGAGGGACAAUACCUGAGGAUAUCCUCUUGCACGUAUACAUACAUGAACAUACACACACAUGCGCGUGCGCGCAUGCGCGCACACACACACACACACACACACACACACACACACACACACACAUUAAUGGACAUACACACAGAAAAACAAAGAAGGAGGAAAAAGGGAAAGAUAGAAAAUCAGACUCUAGAAAGAAGUACAAAUGAUUGCAAAAUGAUGACGUGAGAGACCUCUGCUCAUGGACUCGGAGGAGGAGAACCCCACUGUCUGUGCCUUCAAAAACAGGAUGAAGUCCCCAUCCCUGCUUUUUAAGAGACUGUUUUGGAAGAAAAAUCAAGAGUGUUCAUCUGGGUCUGGGUAUCUGGCUUUCUAGCAGUAGUCAGAUGGUUGGAAAGUCACUUCAGAUACUUGACAAUGGACCACUUAUGUUUUGCAAGCCGUAUUUUCCUGAAAACAUUUGCCCUCUAGGAAUAGCUGGAAAGGCAGCUAUAAGUGCCACCCAGGUUAGUUGUUCAGCUUAUUAUUCAGUGCAGUGGUUAAUUUGCAUUAUUGAAGAACUGAAGUCAUCAUGCUUAUAGAUAGAAUGAAGUAAUGAGAACUGGAAACAGUGGCUUCUAUAGCCCAUAUCCCAUCUUUCUUCUAUCCUAGGUAUUUAGACACAUGGUUGUACUACCUGCUACACAUUCUGUGUGUCCCACUCUAAGCAAAUGCUAGAAUAGUAUGAAAGCACUGGGUGGUAUUGAAAGAUGCCCCACUCAACAUGUGGUGAUCGAAUUACCUUCAGUAAUAAGCAUUCCCAGAUCUUGGGAAUUAAGGUUAAGACCAUCCAGCCCUACUCCUACACAUCUAAACAUCCUUUUCAUCAAUGUGUCCCUGACCUAGGAAAAGAACUGUUACAGUCCCAUGAAGGGGCCAGGAUAAUUUCCAUAAUGUGGAAAUUGACACAUGUAUAUUCCCAGAAAGCAACAGACCUUUAAGACUUCUGAAGUAAAGGAGACUCAUGUUAGUGCAAACUAAUGCAGCACAGUGCCAGGCCCAGGAGUAGAUGCUCAUGGAAAUGUGCAGGAUGUUCAUGUGCUCUCAGCUAGCUGUGUGUGUACUGCAUACUGUCUCCAAGCAGUUGUAGGGGAGACAGUGAAAAAGACUUAAUCAUGAAUUACUUUUAUAUGCUCUGUUUUAUAAUUUGUGAUGUGAAUGAAAUUUUCUCUGGGAAGUAUUUAUUUUAGUAAUAAUGUUUCAAGCUCAUAUAUUACAAUGCUGUAUUUUAAGAAUAAUUACAUAAUGAAUUAUAUUUGUAUAAAAUAAUUUUUAUAUUUGAAAUGUUGAAUUUUUAUGGCAGUAGCUAUUUUUUAAAAAGGGGAGUGAGGAGGAUAAGGAUGAUAAGGACCAGUCACCUUCAUGGUGUGAAGCAUAGGGCCUGAUGCAAAUCUUGUACAUGUGUGUGGUUCUCAGACAACACAUGUUCCAUUUUAAUGCAGCUUUGAAAAGAUGGUACCAAAAGUCAAGAUGGUCCAGUUAUGGGCACAUCAGCUUCUGAACUGCAAACUAAGCCUUAGAAGAAUGUACUAUAUUUAUUACUGUAAUAGAAUAUCAUGUGUCAAUAAAAUCCUUUUAUUUGUGUGAA